AUGUCGACUGUCUCCCUGAUUGAUAUUAAAGCUAAACGUAGGGAUCGAGGGAUAGCUCGUACACUUCGCGAAAACUGGUUCGUCAAGAAAGCGUAUUCGGACGCAAAGAGUUGGUGGCAGUUUGCUCUUCUUGCAACAAGCGCAGAGCGAACUCUCUACAGGACCAGCAACGAGCGCAAGAGGCCUGCUGCGCGAGGCGCCCGCGACUCCGCUUUGCAACUCGAAACCCGCUGGGGGAAGAUUUCUGCAAUGGCGAACUAUUACUUUGAUAAAUACAUACAUAAUCCUACUUACGCGAUAACCCUAUCUCGAUUCCGUCCUGCGUCUCCGUCCUGCGUCUCCAUCCUGCGUCUACUCAAACAGCAGCGAACAAUGCGCGCCGACCCUGGCAUCGGUGCUCAAAUUCGCUCAAAGAAAGAUUUGACAUCCCUUUGCGAAGUAGAAAACUUAGAGACCGGCGCAUUCGUACGAUGUACCUUUACCUACAUCGAUGAACACGACAGAGCGUGGUUUGGUCAGACAAAGGAUAUAAGGAAGUACGACUUAACUGUUCAGGAUCUAAAUCGACUUCUACAACGAGUUCCGGAUGAGAGGGUAUAUCCGCUGCAAACCACCACUCUGACCGUAGUAUCAGAGGAAACCCGGAGUCACCUCUAUAUCAAGCGACCCAAACUAUUGUGUCUUGAUAACGAGGAAGAGGCAAAGCUCCUGCCACAAAUGCUACUCGGAGAAGCAGAGGUGUUACAAUUUCUUGAACAAAACCCUCAUCCAAAUAUUGUCAGGUUCCAUGGUUGCACCGUCAAUCGUGGUCGAUUUACUGGUAUUGCUCUUGAGAGGCACAGCGUCAUCUUGCAAUACCGCCACGAGGAUGUCCCACGCCCUCUCGAUAUCGAUAUUUGCAUGCGCGGUAUCCGUGCGGCUUUGAGGCACCUUCAUUCUCUUGGAUUCGCGCAUAACGACCUCAAUCCCACAAACAUCGCUAUUGAUGGCGAUGACAACCCAAAGCUACUAGACUUUGGAUCUUGCAGAAGAUUUGGGGAAAUUCUCCUUUCAGGAGGUACAUAUGGAUGGAUAGACGAGGAUUACACCACAUCAGCUCAAAGUCACGAUGAACGUGCUGCAGAAAAGAUAGAGGCGUGGCUUUUGAGUAAGGCUCAAGAGCAACACUAG